AUGGCAGAAGAUUUUGAAAAUCUACUCAAAGAAGCAUACGAAGACUUCUAAAAGAUUUGGAUCAGUUGUGAUCUACAGAAUAAAGUAUAAAUCUUACAGCGCUUAAAGUAGUAAUGUGAAAAUGAAGAUGAGGAAGUUAAAAAAAAUACUUUUUAGAUUAUUGAACCCUUUUAUGUUGACUUAAUUAGGCAUGCAAAUCCAAAAAUUUUUGUUUUAGGGCUUGAAAUGGUGAAUUUAUAACUAAACAGCUAAACUUAGCUCAAAUUAAAAGUGAAUAGCUUAAUCUGUGCUUUAUGUAUGUCAAUUUUAGUUAAAAAAGAUUAUAGAGAUAAAGCUAUUUAGCUGCUAUUAGGAUUUUUUGAAUAUUACAACAAAGAAUUUGUUUCUGGUAUUAUAGAUACAUUCUAAUUCAAAGAACCAAAAUCUAUAAUGGAACUUCUAAGAUUUUUUUAAUUGCUUAUAAUUAAAAAUGAUGAAAAAAAAAUAUAAUUUUUAACUGAAUAAAUGGAUUUGAUUAUUGACAUUGCUUCUAACUUUGCAACAAACAUGGUCAGAUAAGCAGCAUUAGAUUUAAUAGUUAAAUUAGGACAAGAUUUGGGCUAUGAAUUUAUAAAAGAUAAAAUUCCCCUAUUGAAAGAAUCUUAAAGAAUAUUAAUAGCUAAACGAUUGAAAGAAUAAGGAAUUGCAGAUGAAGAAAUUUAAAAAGUAGAAUGUUAAAAGCAAGAAUAAAUGAAGAUAUAUGAAAAAAACAAAGAAGUGUAUCUAAAAUUAAAAGACAGUGUUAUUAAUUGUUAGAAAGAAAGACAGAGUGAGCUAGCAAAGUUUAUUCAUCUAGCCAAGCAUGAAAAAGAUAAGAUUAUUUUAGAUUAGAAUAUCAAAAAUAUUAAAGAAAUUCCACUUUUUGUUGAUAAAAUCAAAUAUGCCAAAGGAAAAGUAAAAGUUCAUGUAAUCAGAGAGAUUCAUGAUAUAUUUAUGAACCACCCUGAGUAAGUAGAUGAAAAUCAACUUGUUUAAAGAUGGAAUUUUGAGAAAUAUUUUACAUUUGAGAAUCCAUUAAUAAAGAAAUAGCUUGCAGAUAUAUUAAUGAUAUAUAUUAAAAAGAUGUUAGAAAAAGAAGAAACAAAAACUUAAAUGAUUAAAAUCUUGAAAUCUUAAAUUUAGGGAAUCAUCAUUUAAAUAAUAAAAACCCUCUGCGGAAAUCAAUAUUCUACUUCACAAAACUUACUAAACCUUGUUAAAUAUUUAUUAGAAUUAGGGAUAUUUAACCAUGAAAUUAUGACUAGCUUUUAUGAUGCAAUGCUUAAUAAGAGUGAUUCAGUAUAAAACUCAUCUAUAAAUAUUUUUAGGUAGCUUAUUGUUUCUUAGUAUAUGCUUUCAUUACCAAAAAUUGAUUUAAUUUUGAGUCAAAUAGCUGAACUCACUUCUUCGUAUUCAGCACAUCUACGUAAGAAUGCUUUAGAUGCCUUAGUUGAAACUGCAGCUAUAAUAGGUUUAGCCAUUCAUAAAUAUACAAGUACCCUUAAUAAAUUUCAAGCAACAAAAUUCUAGCAAUAAACAAAGCACAUAUUUAAUUAAGAAGGCAUGGACAUUGAAAAUGAAAAUUAAGAGGAAUAGAAUGAAGAGUAAAAACAAGAAGUCUAACUAAAUUAAAUUCAAACAAAUGAAAGUGUAUUAAAUCACCUGAAACUGUAAUUAUGCAUGGUGAAAAUACAAAACGAGGAGGAUUUAAUAUCAAAAUUAAGCUUUUAAAUAAAGAAACAGCAGGAAGUUCCUAUUGAAUAAAGAGUAGAUUUUGUUUUUGUAUUUUAACAACUUUUAUAAAACUACUCAGAUAUCAUAAUAAAAAAUUCAACCUUUUUGAUAGGAAUGGUUUGUGAAAGCUUUAAUUUAUAGGAUAAUUUAAAGCUUUUUGAAAUUUUAUUCGCUUUAAAGAACAACGAAUAUACCUAAACAACAUUGUAGAAGAUUUUCUAGAGAAUAGGAUUUCAAAAUAUUAGCAAAUUAAUACUAGAUUUUUUCUUUUAAAGAUACUAAGAAGAAAAAGUUUGUACAUUUUUAAUAAACAUAGCAGACAAAAUUGAUGAUGAUACAUUAUAAUCAAUAGUAAAAUACUUAAUUUAAAAUAUUUCAGAAGUAAAAGAUCCAUAAGCUAAAACUGUCUUCAUAAAUUUUUUGGCAAAAGUUCAAAAAGCUAAAGAUCAAAAAUACGUGGUAAGUAUGGCAGAAUAGCUUAUUAUUAACGAAAAAGCAAGAAAUACUAUUUUAAAAAAGAUAGACUAAAGCUAUUAAAAGUACGAUUUUUUAGAAAAAUCUAAAUUUUAAUCAGAUGAAAUAAUAGCAGAAAAAAAGAAAAUAAAGCAGCUACAAUAAAAAGAUGACUUUGAAAAGAAACAAAUAGCUUAGGAUAAAAAUCAAAAAGUGGCUCUCUCUUUUAAAGAAUUUAGAAAACAGUAACUCCAAAAGAUAAAAGAUGAAAAUGAUGAUAUCUAAUAAUUAAAUCCUUAAUAAAUCUAAUAGCUAGAAUAAAAGAAAAUAGUAGUAAAAUAAAAUGCAGAGGUUGAUGAUGAAAUUUGA